AGCCCGGCCGUGUUAGCCUCAGUCUGGCCCGGGUCGUGGCGGUGGAGGGUCACGCCCCCCCAACCUCGCGCUUCUUAACACAACCCUCGGAUCCUACGCCCGCGGCACAGAGGAGGCACGCCGCAGGACACCCCUUCCUCGGCAGGGUCCCAGGGGCGGCGCGAGGCCCUGCAGCCCCUGGGGUAGUACGGAGGCGCCACCUGGUAACACGCGCAGGUUGGACGAUGAAGAAACACAGCAGAGAAACACCAAACGAAGGAAUAAUGGAGGAAGAGAGAAGAAGAAACACACACGGAGAGAGAGAGAAGAGAGAGAGAGACACAAGCAGAGAGAGAUACACUCUGCCAGAAACCGAGUGAAAGAGAGAAAGAAAGAAAGAAACAAAAAAUAAAAAGAGCGAAAGAAAGGACGAAACAAACAAACAUAUAAAGAUAGAGAGAAAGAAAAAAGAAAAAGAUAAAAGAAAGAAGAAAGGAUAAAAAAAACGAAAGGACGAAACAAACAAACAUACAAAGAUAGAGAGAAAGAAAGAAGGAAAAGAUAAAAGAAAGAAAAAAUAAAGCGAAAGAAAGGACGAAACAAACAAACAUAAAGAAAGAAGGAAAAGAUAAAAGAAAGAAGAAAGAAAAAAUAAAGCAAAAGAAAGGACGAAACAAACAAACAUAUAAAGAUAGAGAGAAAGAAAGAAAGAUAAGAUAAAAGAAAGAAGGAGAAAGAAGAACAAAUAAAUUAAGAAAGUGUGUAAAGCAACAAAAACAAACAAACAAACAAACAAAAAACAUUCUCUUCAAGGCCACACACACACACACACACACACACACACACACACACACACACACACACACAUACUCACCUGUGCCAAAAUCCCCCCCACCCCCUCCCCCUCCCUGUGCCCUUGAGUUCUUAACGUGACGGACAGUUAACAACACACACCUGAGAGGCUUUAGGGUGACAUUACCUGUUCGUUCCCUUAAUUAACGAAGCCCCACUCACCUGUCCCCUUGAAAACACACCUAAGCCCUUUUCUUUUCCCUUUUGUAUCCCCUUUCUUUAUCAGCCUUUCUUCCUUCCCUUCUUACCACAUAUACCUGUCCCUUUGAAUACACACCCAAGCCCCUUUCUCUUUCCAUUUUUUCUCCCCUUUCCUCCCUUUCCUUAGCCCCCUCUCUUCCUCCUCUUCUUUAGUCUCCCCUUCCUCCCUUUUCCCUUCCUAUCCACAUAUUCCUUCCUUCUCUUCCCUUCUCUCUCCCCUUCCUUUUCCCCAUAUCCCCUUUCUUUAUAUUUCCUUUUCUUCGUUUUCCCCUUUCUGUACCUUUCCUUGUCCCCAUCUCCCUUCUCCUCCGAUCUCUCUCCCCUUCUUUAUCUCCCCAUCUCCCCUUCUCCCCAUACCAAAUAAACACACACAAAAAAAAAUCUAUCUGAAAUGGACGAUAAAUUCAUAAUAUCACCAUAAAGAAAGUUGAACAAGAAAGGGAAAUAAAACGAAAAAGGUGAAUAAAUAAAUAAAAAGUAUCCCAUUGAAAAAAAAGUCAACAGCAUCCCAUUUUCUUUCCCUGGUCGUUACCGUUUUCUUUGACUUUCAUUUCCUUGUUCGCCGCCCCCAUUCAUAUAGACGACCAGCAUUGUGUUAUAGUCCCCCCCUAAGCGCCCUUCCUUUGGCUCCCUUCCUCCCCUUCUCUCUCCUUCCUUCCUUUCCUCCAAUCGUUUCCUUCUCGUUAUCUCUCUCUCUUCCCUUCUACAGUAUCGCCUCUCCCUCCUUUCCUCCAAUUCUCGUUCCCUCCUUGAUAUCUCUCUCUUCUCUUCCCUUCUUCCUUCCUUCCCUCUGUUCCUCUCUCCCCUCCUUCCGUCUCCAAAGCCAUCCUUACGCACAUACACACGCACACACAAACACACACACAAAGAGAAGAGAUAAAAGUCUUGUCAGGGGAAAAUUGAUAAGAGAAGAGGAAAGAAAGAAAGAGAAGAAAGGAAUGUUAAGAUGAAGACAGGACAUAGCAAGUGAGUGGUGAGAAACAGACAGAAAAACAGAUAGACAGACAGACACACAGUUCCUCGUCGACAGUUAAACACAAAUAAAGUAAAAGACAUGAAAAUAAGCAAAAAAGAAAAGAAAGAAAGACAUACAAAGCUACUUAAGAACAAAACUAACCCAAAAAUAUAUAUACAAGUUUGAUAAAGAAGGAAUAACAGAAAAAAAUACAAGUAAACACAGACACAAAGAGAAGAAAACAUUCAACUGGAAGGCAAAAAGAACAACAAAAAAAGAUAAAUACACAAAAAAAAAUAAAACGACAAAAAAAAGAAUAAAAAACCCGAGUGAAAAGUGAAAAUAUAAACGAAAGGAAUAAAAACAGAAGGAAUGAAAACCAAACCGGUGGAGAGAGGAAGAAAAAUAUAAAAGGAAAAGAAAGAGAAAACACGCAAAUAGAAAGAAGGGGUGGGCGGAAAAAUCCCCAAAGAACAGAUAAAAAAAAUUAAUCGAAUAUAAACUUUUGAAAACUUUGAAAGGAAGGAAAAAAGGAGAUAAAAAACACGAACGAAGGGAAGAACAGAAAACGGGAAGAAAGAAAAACGAAAGAGGGGAGAGAACAAAAUAAAGGACAUACAACAAAAAGAAAAAAAAAACAUUAAUGAAAAAAGAAACAGAAAAGUGGAGAUAAUCAUAAAGAACGGGAAUUAAGAACAAAGAACGGGUGAAGGGAAGCGAAUACACAAUCAUAAGAGAGAAAAAUAAAAUAAAAGAAAAAGAAAAACAAGUGAGAGAAAAGCAAAGAAGUAAAGAAAAACAGACCAAAGAAAACUAAGAUACUUUUAAAGGGAAAAACAAAUGGAAAGGUGAAGGAAAAGAGGAAGUAAAGAGAAAAGAGGAAAACAAAAGGAAAAUAAGAGGGAAAUAGGAGGAAAAGAGGAAAUCAGAGAAAAAUAAGAGGAAAACAAGAGGAAAAGAGGAAAAUAAGAGGAACAUAAAAGAAAAAUAGGAGGAAAACAAGAGAAAAAUAGGAGGAAAAUAAGAGGAAAACAAAAGGAAAGUAAGGGGAAAAUAAGACGAACCAAACAAAGACGAACACAAAACCAAACACACAAAUGAAAAAAUAAAAAUAAGACCACACAAAAAAGUACAAAUAAAAAGAAAACAAUAAAGAGGAGAACCCUUAGAAAACGAGUGCCAAGUCUAUCUCUUCCCAUGCCACCAAGAGGACUGAAGAGGAAGUAAGGGCGGCGAGAGGCGGCAUCGCGGGGUAGUGACAUGCCCGUGGUGGCUGCUGUGCUCCUGACAGCCACCCUCCUGGGGAUAUGCUUCAACUGUUACAUCCUAUUCCUCUCCUGCACACAGAACUUCAGACAGACCCGCACCACCACCCACAUCCUGCUGCUCCACCUGGGCAUCAUCGACCUCCUGCUGGCCGCCAUCUUCCUCUUCGCCCUCUUUCCGUCGUUUCUGAAGGACGAGUGGCUGGGCGGCGCCGGGUGCUGGGUGGCGGGCGGUGCGUGGGCCACCCUGCACGUGGCCGCCGUCUGGACGCUCACGGCCCUCAACCUGGACAAGUAUGUGGCCAUCGCCGCGCCGCUGCACUACGCGCGCUUCGUGUCGCCGCCGCGCGUGGCCGCCGCCGUCGGCGUGUCCUGGGUGCUGGCCGCGGCUCUCUGCGCGCUGCCCAUGGCGCUGCCGGGGAUGCGCGGCGCUCCGCGGCCACCGACGGGCUGCUCGCCGGACCUGGCCUCGGCGCCGCCACUGCUGGGCCGUGCCUACGCCGUCCUGCUGGCACUGCUCGGCUACCUGCUCCCGGCCCUGCUCGUGGCCACCGCCAACUUCCGCAUCCUGGUCAUCGCUCGACACCACCGCCACCGAAUCGUGACGGCGCUGUGGGACGUGACGGUGUCGGCCCAGGCCACAGUCACGCCGCAGCGCUCACACUUCUACCUCAGCCGCUACCGAGGCCGCUCCGCUGCCACCACCGUGUGCCACCUGGUGGGCACCUUCCUGCUGCUGUACCUGCCGCCCGCCGCCUGCGUGCUCUACGAGGCAAUGGGCCGCGUGCAGCCUCCCCACACCCUCGCCCUGGCAAACCUCACCCUCCUCACCCUGGCGCCCGCCAUCAACGGCUUCGUCUACGGCAUCAAGAGCAAGGUGCUCAGAAAGAACUUCAAGAACUUUCUGCGGAAGCGGCUGUACCGCAGCGAGGUGAACUACGAGAUACAGUCCCGCGCACCGUCCGUGUCCGCGUCGCGCCGACCCUCGGUGACGCCGUCCCUGUCCAUGCCGCUGCAACACAAGCUGCAGCGGCGCAUGUCGGAGAUCCUGGUGCAGCCCGGCGCCGCGGCGGCCGGCGACCCAGCGGCGCCGCGCCUCGUGCGGCGCUCUUCAGAGCUCAGCAUGCGCGGUCGCGGCUCCAGCUGCUCCAUCGCCCGCGAGACGCCGCCGCCGCGGCCACCCAGCAGCUCUCCGCAGGGCGUGCAGAGCGGGCAGAGUCUGCAGGGCGUGCAGGCUGAGCCACCCGCGGCGGAGCAAGCGACGCCCUCACCCAAAGAGGCCUCGCCCCCCAAGAGCCCCCUGGUGCGUACCUCGCGAGUGUUCCGCUUCCUGACGCAGUCCAGUAGUCUGGAGGAGGGCACCGGCCAUGACGUGGAGGGCGGCGGCCCGCCACUCACCGCCACCCACCGGCCCUCCCUGCGGCGGGCACUGUUCGCCCGCAACAAGCAGAAGAGUCUUGACUUCGAGAUGACGAGUCUCACGCCGAGCGAGGAAGCCGCGGAGGUGCCGCCGCGCAGCGCCUCGCAGCAGGUGGUGGGGGAGCCGGCCUCUCCCUCCCUGACGCGUCCGCUGCUGCUUACGCGCCACCAGCCGCCGCCGCCGCUCUCCCCGGCCAGGAAGACCAAGCGAGUCUCCUGGUCCUCGGACAGCUUUUCGGACUCGCCGCUCGAGUCAGACAGUGACGCCGUGACGCCCACGGCGGCGGCGGUGGCGGCGGCAGUAGCGGGGUCGGCUGUGCCACGUUACCGCACCAAGGCGCUGCUGCGGCACAACGGCCUCCGCUUCCAUUUCUCCAAAGUGUCGCUGGAAAGGAUAGACUCGGAGGACACGCGCGCCCCGCCCCUGGGCGGCCCCGGCCCGUCGCCACCCCCCGCCCUAGCCCUGGUGCACGCCCCCCUCCCCCAUGCAAACGGCAAGGUCGUGUCCAGCCUGAACGGCCGCGCCACCAUGCUGUUGGCCGGGGCCCAGGACUGAACGGCGUCCCUGCCACCAGGAAACACUGACCAGAGAAACACUGGCGCCUCGCAGCCACGCCACGCCCCCUACCCCCCUCAAUUCCCUGUGGGGCUGCCACACCAGCUCGCCGGCAGGUGUGCCCCGCCCCGUGCACUCUUCAUUCCAGCGGGGCAGCCCCUUAGUAUCUCAGGCCCGUCGCGUUGCCACGCCCGGGCACGCGGCGCGCAGCACAAUGCCUGUUGUCCUCCACGCCCAAGACACUCUGGCUGCCUCCGCGUCCGGCCGCCCCCACCA